GGCGGCAAACCCGUGGUGGCUUCAUGAAGGUCCAUCCAUCCUUCGACUUCGACGUGCGCCAGGAAUGGAUCGACCUCUCACUGGCAGACGACGUUGAGGACGACGAAGAGGAUCAACGCAACUGGGAGUGGUUCCAGGUCCCUCAUACUGGACAUGCAUCGCCUCGUAAACCAGUUCAAAAGCCUCAUCAACAGCAACUCCUGCAAAAGGCAAAAACGGUCAAAGUCAAGGAGGAGGACCAUAUCAAGCAAAUGCUGAAGGAACACAACGCUAAGGUCAAGAACGCAAGGUUGUCGAAUGCUGGUGAUGCUCGAUACGCAGGACAUCAGCCGAUGACGACUUCGAGAACGCAUCGGAAACCCCCUGCACCUGAUGAACGGAAGAGCUCUCUGGACUGCAAUUGGCACUCGAUUCCUCAAGAGAGCUUAUCUCGACAUUUUCCAAAAGAAGAUCACGUGUACGACUACCAUGACAGCUUGACAGCUUCCUGCGAAACCGAGACUGAAAGCAAUCGGCGAAAGGCGCUUGCUUCACCUGGACCUGUGUCGUCGUCCUUGUCGCAUCAAUCUCCUGAUCCCUCACGAAUCGAACGCUUCGUCAAAUCCCCCCACGAAGAUCUCCAAGAAUUGCUCGAUGAGCUCAAGGCAAAGCAGACGCCGCAACCGGUACGUGUGGUGGUUCAAGCUGUGGAUACGAAGGGAUCAAGCACCUCGGUCAAGCGCAAACUACCCAAGAAAGACCACGUCGAGCUGCAAUUACUCGUACAGCAACACAACGACAAGCACAAGUUGCGUCGGCUGUCGUCGUCACACCACUCUCAGUGACGUCCCUCGCUUCCCGUAAUUUAUACGUCUAUUUCACCUAGCGAACUACUGUCUACGUAUCCAACAUGCACAACAUGG